UGUCCCGAUCAGAUCGUUAUUUAAAAAAAAAAAAAAAAUGUUUAUUUAUUAUUUAUCAUUAUUUUUUUUUAAUUCAAUUUAUUGUCUAUCUUUGUCCAUGAUAUUUUAAGAAAUACAAUUUAAAUUGAAAUAUAAAAAGAAGUAAGGGGGAUGAACUGGAUUGGGUGAUUUUUAAAAUACGCAAGCGCAAUUUUUGCACAAAAUACACAAAAAAUCAUCACAUUUCCCGCCUUGGAUUAUAUUGUUAGUUGCAAAACUUGGUGAACAGAAGAAGCCACUCUAAUUUUAUUUUUUUUUUUAUUGCUAGUAUUUAAAUCUACUGAUGAGAAAAUAAAAUUUUUUCAAUUUAUUUAUAUUUUAUUUGGAAAUUUGUUAUGCAAGUUGAUAUCAAUGAUUAUUAUUUGUUUUUAUGAUGAUUUUUUUUUGUUUAAUUUAAACUGACUAAUGAGUUGUGAGAGGAGUUUAUUAUGAUUGUUAAAUAGACGUGUGUGGUAAUGAACAAUUGUUAGACAAGAUGUAAAAAAGUGUCGAAACAAGUUUAUCAUCAAAGUGGCAUUAUUCAUUGAACAGAAAAAAAAAGAUAUUCAUCAAAAUUAUUUAUUAAAUAUUGGUUGAUUUUUUAGCAUAUAAAUUCAUCAAUGUUCAAUCAGAAAGUUUAAAAAUGAAAAAAAAAUAUCAAUUAAAGUCUGGAGGUGUUAAACAACCAGGACAUCAUCCAUAAAAUCAAACAAAACAUGGAAUUUGUUUACUUCCUCGUCAUAGAGUCAAGGAAAUAUGAAUAAAUAAUAAAUAUAUUAAUCGAAAAAAUAUGGAAAAUUCUGUCAGCAAAUAUACGAAAAUAUAUAAUAUUUAAUAUUGUGAAAAAUAAAUAUUACUAAUGUUGAUAAUCAAAGAGAGGAAUAAUUUUUUUUUUCGAAAAUAUAAAUAAUAUUAUCAUCAUCAUAAAAAGAUUUAUAAAAAUUACAAAAGAAUUUAUGAUUUGAAAGGAAAAAAAAAAAAAUAAAGAAGAAAUUAUUAUUUUAUAUAUAAAAAAGGAUAAUGUGUCACAAAGUGAAGGAUAAAAAAGUUAAUAGAAGCCUCGGUAUGUUGGUCAGGCACUAUCGCCGGUACCGAAAGUACCGAAAGAUCUUUUGAUUAAACGAUCUCACCACAAACGAUAAAAAAAAAAAAAAUUAAUAAAUUACAAUAAAAAAAAUAUAAGUGAGACUUAAAUAUAAAUUAUUUUUUAAAUUUUCAGUGAUAAAAAUUUUUAAUUUUAAAAUUAAACUCCAGUGUAAUUAUCAAAUAGCCAAUUAUAAUUUUUAAAAAACAAAAUUUGACAAUAAUUUAACUCUAAGGCUGAUAAAUAUUUACCUCGUUUUUACAUAAAAAUUUUUUUGAAAAAUUAACAAAAGAAGAAGAAAAAAACGUGAAUACAGUGAAAAAAAAAAAUAAAUAAAUAGUGAUUUCAAAUUAAUUUAGUGAGUGAAAUAAGAAAAAAAAAAAUUAAUUGAUUUUCAAGAAAAAAUGAGACACUUGAAGGACUAAAAUAAGAAAUAUAAAAAAAGUAAAAAAAAAAUGCUAGUUGAAAGAUAAAAAAAAAAAAAACCAAAAGAUAAAAAAAAAAAAAAAAAAAAUAAUGUUUGAUUGAUAAGAGAGAGAGUGAGGGAAAAGUGUUGUUAAAGUGAUAAGAUGAAAAUAAGAUGGAUGAGAGUAGGUUAUUUGAGCAACCACAGCUCAUCAUCAUUAAAUGUAUUAACAAAAAAAUGGACAAAAAAUAUAAUAGUUUCAAUAAUAAUAAUAGUAAAACCGUAAAAAAAACGGUUUUUAAAAAUUUUUAAUAAUGCGGGAAUUAAAUGCAAGUACGUGUAAUGGUCUGUAUGAAAAAGUUGAAUGGUCGGGUACAAGUAUUAUUGGUACUCUUGUUAUUUUAGCAUUAGUUGAUGUUAUGGUUAUACUUGGUAAUUUACUUGUAAUACUUGCUGUAUAUCAUACAACAAAACUACGAAAUGUCACGAAUAUGUUCAUUGUUAGUUUGGCUGUUGCUGAUCUUCUUGUUGGAGUUGCUGUAUUACCAUUUAGUGCAACAUUAGAAGUAUUUGAGGUAUGGAUAUUUGGUGAUAUAUGGUGCUCAGUGUGGCUUGCAGUGGACGUAUGGAUGUGCACUGCGUCAAUUUUAAACCUCUGUGCAAUCAGCCUGGACAGAUACCUAGCGGUCACUCGGCCCGUCAGUUAUCCACAGAUAAUGUCACCAAAAAGAGCAAGACUACUUGUCGCAGCUGUAUGGGUGCUGAGCUUUGUCAUAUGUUUUCCACCAUUAGUUGGCUGGAAAGAUCAAAUGUCACAAAGUGCUAAAAAUAAUAGUGAAAUUGAUGGUCCAUUCAAUACAACAAUUAUUAUUGUUCCGGUUAAACCGUGUCCUUGGAUUUGUGAGUUGACAAAUGAUGCUGGUUAUGUUGUUUACAGUGCACUUGGAUCUUUUUACAUACCAAUGCUUGUUAUGAUGUUUUUCUAUUGGAGAAUUUAUAAUGCAGCAGUGUCAACAACAAAAGCAAUUAAUAGAGGUUUUCGUACAACAAAAUCAUCAAAAAUGUUUGGCUCAAGAUUUGAUGAACAACGACUUACAUUGAGAAUUCAUCGUGGUCGUGGAAGUGUACAUAAUGGAGGACAUAAUAGUACUAGUCCAAAAAGUCCAGAGUCAAGUAAUAAUCCAUCAGGACGUCGUGAUAAAAUUAAAAUAUCAGUAUCUUAUCCAAGUACUGAGACACUUAAUACUAAGUGUAAUACACUUGAAAGAACACCAUCAAAAUGUUCACAAGUAUCUGUGCAUUAUAGUAAUGGACAAACACAAAAUCAACUGUCAACUAGAAAUACACAUUUAAAGGUAGGUGGAAUAAAUAGAAUUGGAAGUACAAAAAAACAAAAUAGAAGAAGUAGUUGUGAGAGCCAAAUGACAGGUGAUGAAGUUUCACUUCGUGAAUUGACUCCAUGCAAUGAAGGAAAACCAAGAGUCAUGAAAAUGGGAAAAAGAAAUAUAAAAGCACAGGUCAAGAGAUUUCGAAUGGAGACAAAAGCAGCUAAAACACUGGGAAUAAUUGUUGGUGGAUUUAUUGUUUGUUGGUUACCAUUUUUCACAAUGUAUUUGAUACGUGCAUUUUGUGCAAAAUGUAUACAUCCAACAGUAUUUAGUGUAUUAUUUUGGCUUGGAUACUGUAAUUCAGCAAUAAAUCCAUGUAUAUAUGCAUUAUUCAGUAAAGAUUUUAGAUUUGCAUUUAAACGUAUUAUAUGCAAUUGUUUAUGCAAUAAAAAUAAAAAUUCAUUACGACGUGGAAGUGAUGGAAGUCAACUGGCAACAAGAAAUGACAGAAGUCCAAGUUAUACAAUACGUGUACCACAGCAUGGUGUAUCAAUUGAAGAUUCUGAUCCAGAUCCAUGCUCUGAUCAAAAUACUCAUUCACAAAGUGAUUCAAGGUGACUGUAGCGUACGCGGGGCGGCACGCACCGCGUCAUAUUUAAUAAUAAAAAAAAAAGUAUGAUAAGUAACGUGCCAUCACAUAAUAAAUCAUCUAUCAAUGAUGAUAAAUCAACCACAAUAACCACAAAUAGAACAACCUCUUUCUCUUGCAUCAAAACCACCAUGACAACUACCACCUAGUCUCCACAAAUUUGUCAUCUAGCCACCAACAAAUUAAACCAUCACAAACCAAACAAAAAAAAAAAAAA